AUGGGAAUUUGCUAUUCCACCACCAAAGUCAGCGGCUCCAAUGGCAACAUCGUCACCGAUAAGAAAAAUCGCAAGCGAACCGUGAAGCCCGAAUCUCCGACGGCGGGGGCCAAUCCCGAACGGUGCAAGGCAAGUGCGCGGCAGGUGCCAUGCGGAAAGCGCACUGAUUUCGGUUACGACAAAAAUUUUGAUACGCGAUACACGCUGGGCAAAUUGUUGGGACACGGCCAAUUCGGUUACACCUACGAAGGAAUCAACAAAGCUAAUGCUGAUCGUGUUGCCGUUAAGAGGAUCGAUAAGAGUAAGAUGGUUCAGCCUAUAGCUGUUGAGGAUGUUAAGCGAGAUGUUUAG